GCAGAGUAGAAGACACAGUAGACAGCCUGCGCUCUGCUAGCCCUGAACGCCAUCUUAAACAGAAAGGGGCUUUAAACCCGGACAAAACAAGAAAACGACCACUGAAUGAGAUACACCUAUAUUUUAAUCUGCCUUUGAAAUUCUCGGGUGACUCCGGAGUUUAACUAAUUAUGGCAAUAGUGUUCUAUAACAUAAAGUAAAGGCUCAUUUGCGAGGAAAUCAGCAAGGAACUGGUUAGCCUAUCGGUAGCUAGCUAGGGGGAGGGGCGAGGGUUUUGGGGUUUUUUUUCCGCAGCCGAAGUUGUUUGUUUAUGUUAUUCCACACGGACAUGUCCUCAUCAAACCCAGAGUUAUCAGACCCAAAUCUGGGUAUGGGCACAAGUGGGACCCAAGCAAGUGGUGGGGCUGUUGUACCAAAAGGAGCCAACAAAAGACGAGCUGCGCCAGACUUUGAUGAUGAUGAGGGAAAUAAGUUGUUCAGGUGUGACGAUGAAACAUCAGGGUCCAACAAUGACAAAGAGCGGUUUGCCAGGUUUUUGGAAGAAGAUCAGAGUUUUGCAGAUAAGGAAAAACUAGCCAGGGAGAACCACAGUGAGAUUGAAAGGCGAAGACGGAACAAGAUGACAGCUUAUAUCACAGAGUUGUCAGACAUGGUGCCCACCUGCAGCGCACUAGCACGGAAACCUGACAAACUAACAAUCCUGCGAAUGGCUGUGUCCCAUAUGAAGUCUCUGAGAGGAAGUGGCAGUACUAAUGCAGAUGGGUCGUACAAACCCUCUUUUCUCACUGACCAGGAACUGAAGCACCUCAUCCUGGAGGCAGCUGAUGGCUUCCUGUUCGUGGUGUCCUGUGAAACUGGCCGCAUCGUUUAUGUCUCGGACUCCCUGACACCCGUCCUCAACCAGGCACAGGCAGAGUGGCUUGGUUCUUCGCUUUAUGAUCAGCUCCACCCAGACGACACAGAAAAGCUCAGGGAGCAGCUCUCCACUGCAGAGAAUAACAAUACAGGGAGGAUGUUGGACUUAAAGACAGGAACAGUCAAGAAGGAAAGCCAACAGUCCUCAGCCAGAAUGACUAUGGGGGCCCGGCGAUCAUUCAUCUGCCGAAUGAGGUGUGGCACAUGUCCAGUGGAGCCGCUGUCUAUGAAUAGACUGAACUUCCUUAGGAACAGAAACAGGAAUGGCUUGGGUACAGCCAAGGAGGGAGAGCCCCAGUAUGUUGUAGUCCAUUGUACAGGAUACAUCAAGUCCUGGCCCCCAGCUGGUGUGUCAUUAACAGAUGAUGAAGCCGACAACACUCAGGGGAGUCGCUAUUGUCUAGUUGCCAUUGGGAGAUUACAGGUGACAUGUUGUCCAGGUGACACAGACAUCAACAGUGUCAGUGUUCCAGUGGAGUUCAUUUCACGCCAUAACUGCCAGGGAAUGUUCACCUUUGUAGAUCAUCGCUGCAUGGCUGCAGUCGGGUACCAGCCCCAGGAAUUAUUGGGAAAGAAUAUUCUCGAGUUUGCACACCCUGAAGACCAGGGUUUACUCAGAGACAGCUUCCAACAGGUGGUGAAGCUGAAGGGUCAGGUUCUGUCUGUGAUGUUUCGGUUCCGCUACAAAUCAAGAGAGUGGAUCUGGAUGAGAACAAGCUCCUUCACCUUCCAAAACCCCUUUUCAGAGGAGAUUGAGUACAUCAUCUGUACCAAUGUCAAUGUCAAAAAUUCGACUCAGGACCCCCUCACCCCCAUCUCCUCCCCGGGGGGUUCGCUGCCCCCCUCCCUGGGUCAGAGCAGCCCAAACAGCCUUCCUGUGGUGCUCAGCCCGGGGCAGGUGGCCACCAGGCAGCUACAGCAGCAGCAGCAGACGGAGCUCGAAGGGGGUGGACCCAGAGAUGGUCUAUAUGAGGCAGGACCAGUCACGCUCUCACAGAUGCCAGUGCAGCCCGUGACAGCAGCAGGCCCAGACCACAGCAAGGGCAUGGAGAAGCCAGAGCUCUACUCGUCACUGUUUCAAGGCCCAGAUCAGACUAAAAGCUUGCCCUCCACCUCCGCUCCAUCCAACCAGAUCUACCCUCCAGCCAACAACUACACUGCUGGUCGUCCAAAUGACACAUACAGGCCGGUGAACAUGGCUCCACAGAUGGCACAGCAGACUCACUCAGCGGGGCAGAUGCUGGCUCAGAUCUCUCGUCAGAAUGGAGCGCCACAGACCGUGACCCCUUCCACUACUGGCAGCCCACUACAUGGGGGACCAACCGGAGGAUGGCCUGGGCCCGGCACUGGAGCUGGAGCUGGAGCCAGACCACAGUUUAGCAACCAGAAGGUGGCUCCACAGGCGGCAAAGACCAUGUCUCCACCGUUUGCUCCAAUGGGAGGUUUUGGGGGAGGCUCUUCAAACUCUUUUGGCCAGUUGCCCACAGGUGCUGCUCCCACCCAAACCAGUGGUGCAAAUUACCCACAAAUUAAUGCACGCGCCAGCCUCAACACCAACGGUUAUGAUGGCUCUCAGUCCGGGCCACAGUUCCCCUCUCGAGCAGCGGAGGCAGUGUGGCCCCAGUGGCAAGGCCAGCAGCACUCGCAGAGUAACACAGAGCAGCAUCCUCACGCUCAGGGCAACCAGCAAGACAUGUUUCCUGACGUGUUGUCUAUGCUGGACCAACCUGCCAACUUUAACAGUGAUGACUUUGAGAUUCCUAUGUACUCUUCAUUCAACGAGUGAUCUGUUCACGUCUUUUCCACUCUUCUCUGCUGGUGGAUUCCUCUGUCUUCUCUACUUUUUUGCCCUCACUGUUAUAUAUUUAGCUCUUUUUCAUUCGCUCUUCCUGCUCCUGAGAGUAGCGCUCUUCCCUUGCUUUGCAUGGCUUAAACUGCACUGCCACAAGCCAGUUAAGGGUGGAGGGAAAUAUCUGACUAUAGGUAUUUCAAGGGAGAAAAAUCAAGGAAUAGCUACUGACAGGAAUAUUUUAACAAUAUUUCAGCCAUGUAAGAGAAUUUUCUAGCUAGCACUGCCCAAAGCUCAACAACUUAUGUUGUAGAUAUGUGAUAUAAUAUAUAAAUAUAUGAAAGCGCACAAUCACACCAUCACACUUGAAUAGACUGCACAAUCACACUGUUACACUCUGGUAUCUAACAGUACGUGAAUACACACACAAAGGCCUUUUCUGCUCGUAUGUUCCUGGUUUUUCUCAGGCGUUGGUGAGAAGAGUGUAUGUUGCUGUUUAACCCUAUAGCAUAAGGACUAAUCACCCUAAUUGUUGAUUUAAACUCUCAGGAAAUUGCAGGGAUAUACAGCUUUGGUGAUCUUUUUUUUUUCUGUUUUGUUUUUUUAUUCUCAGCUGUUGCACACAAACCACCGCUGUCUGUGCUAGUGUCACUCACCGUUUUAAGUCCACAGCAUGCCUCUGCAUGUCAGCACUGCUUUCAUGGAGCGCUUCUACAUUGUGUAGAUUUAUACUGAGUUCAGUUUUAUAUGUAGAUGGCUCUACCGGUGGUUUCACCUAUAAAUUUUAAUAAUUUUAUUUUUCCUCUUAAGGAACAUGUAAGGUUUUUCUUCAUUGAGUAAUGUGCUUUAACACAGAUGCAUAGUGUUACAAUGGCUCUAUACUGUUUGUUUGUCCAGGUGCCCUUUGGAAAUGCAACCAAUCUAUUGUACUUUGCCACAUAUACAUAUAUUCAGUGUGCAUGUGUGUAUGUCUGUAAAACGGAUGCGUACAGUAUCAUUUUCAACUUUACACAGUCAUAAGGUGUCUGACUUGCUUGAUUAUUCUUCUGUUUCCCUGCAUUACCCUCUACCAAGUAUAGGCGUUUUGUACUCUGAUUUUGUUUCUAUAAGAAAUAUAAAAAAAUCACAAAGCAAUAAUUAACAAGCAGGAAUUGUGUACUUUUAAAGCCAUUCUUUAUUGUUGUCAUAAAUGUUUCCUUAAUGUUAUUUUAAAAUUGAGAGAAAUGGUAGUAAUGUUUGAUUUAACUGAUAUGUCUCCUAAGUGUUGUUUUUUAUUAUUAACUUCCCAUCUGUUGACGUCUCCAUUGCCCUUCUGCGAUUGGUAUUUAAUUAACGGUUUGAUCAGGGUAUUCAGGAUAAAAAUGGAAUGAAGAGAGCUGAAAACGAUUCAUUCUACAAGUGAGAAUGUCCAAAAAGUGUUUUUAGUAUUUUUGUCCUUUUGUUUGUGACAAGAACUGAUUUUAUUCUUUUUUGCCAACAAGAUCCUGUGUUUUACAAUCAGUUGUAGUUUGUAUUGUAGACGAAUGUUGCAGUUAGUUAAAAUUUGACCCUUAAAAUUUGUCUGCGUGUAACACUCGCACUCUUGUGAUGACAAAUCAUGGAAUUGUAUAUAAAACCCAUGUUAGUAAUUGUCCAAUUUUCAUCAUCAAAAGGAUGGUAUGUUGGUGACUGUUGUCUGUUAUUGUUAAAAACCUCUCUGGUUGCUCUGUAUCCAGGUUUUCUUUUCAAUGAUGUGAACUUAUCACUCAUAGAAACACAAAUAUAUAAAUAUACUGUAUAUGUAAAUGAAAUGGUAAACGAGAAAAAGAAAUGUUUGGUUUUUGUAUUAAAUUGUUAUAUUGUCAAAAA